GCAGACAUGGCGACCUCACCGGUGUUCGCACUCGCCCUCCUCCUAGGCGCCGCCAUGGCAACCGUGGUGUACGCUUCGGAUGGUUGGCCUGUGCCUGAGUGUAUACCCGCAGAGCAUAAACAGGUUGACUGUAACUGCUGCAUCUGUGGCCUAAACGGAAAAUGGGUCUGCACCAACAGGACUUGCCCUGAUAAGGUGGAAGUGGAAACAGAAUGCAAGCCCAAUACAACCUUCAAGAAGAACUGCAACAACUGCACCUGUAACUCUGCAGGCAAUAAGGCAACCUGCACAAACUAUAACUGCUCCCUGCCAUAUCCUUGGCCCACAGGCUGCCCUGUAUGUAAACCUGGCGAAAAGAAGCAGAUAGACUGUUGCAAUAACUGUACGUGCACGAGUGCAGGAGGAUGGAUGUGCACGUUGAUGGCUUGCCCCGAUGUAAAAGAAGUGGAGAUAAAAUGCAAGCCCAAUACGGUAUUCAAGAAGGACUGUAACAACUGCACCUGUAACUCGGCGGGUACCAGAGCGUGUUGCACUACCUGUAACUGCUCCCAGCCGUUGCCUGGGAAACCAGGCUGCCCUGCCUGCAAACCUGGCGAGAAGAAGCAGGUAGACUGCUGCAACGCAUGCACGUGCAUCGGCCCAGGAGUGUGGGCGUGCACCUUGAUGGCUUGCCCCCAUACAAAAGAAGUGGAAAUAAAAUGCAAGCCUAAUAAAACAUUCAAGAACGACUGUAACAACUGCACCUGUAAUGCUGAAGGAACCAAGGCAUGUUGCACUACUCGUAACUGCUCCCUGCCAUGGCCUGGAUACCCAGUUCCAGGAAAACCCUGCAAACCUGGAACAUCAUACAAGCAUGACUGCAACAAGUGUUGGUGCGGUGAGGACGGGAAGCCCGGGAGGUGUACGAAAAUGCUGUGCCCCAAGAAGCCUGUGUCCGCUGAAUAUUGGGUCGCUUUCUGACGAUCAAACGAGGCACAUGAAGAAGAUAUGUCGAAAUUAAUUGAUAAUACCAAAGUUGUGUAAAAAGAAAUAAAUUAAUUUCGCAACUA